AUGAGCUGGGUCAGACAAAUACCUGGCAAAGAACUGCAAUGGUUAUGCCAGAUAUACAGAGAAAGCACAACCUACAAUGAUAUGAUUAAAGGAAGAUUUACAGUCUCUACAGACUACAGUAAUAACAUGAUGUUCCUGCAAAUGGACAACAUAAGAACUGAAGACACUGCAACGUAUUACUGUGCUAGAUACACAGUGAUAGGAAACAUCCUAUGUGUAUGA